CUAAGAUCAAACAUGGCGGCUCGAUCCGAAAUCUGUCAAUAGUUCUUUUAAGUUAUUAACCAGCACCUCCUAAGGAGAUUAGAUGGCAAAUACUUCAGCGAUAUAAUGACGAAAAUGCGCAGCAACGUUAUAAGAAUAUUGAUUGUUAUUUCGCUCGCUGCUAUAACACACGUUGUGGCCGAGGUAUGUGAAAUGUUAGACCAGUGUUCGUGCAGGAAGGAAAAUGGGAAGAUCAUUAGUUUAUGGGACAUCGAUGGAGGUUCUGAGGAACCAGCGUAAGUAAUACAAGUCCUUCAUUAAUAUCAGAUAUUUUUUGAAAAAUGAUUGAUAGAAAAUUACAGAGGUAAAGAAGUCGUAAAUAACCAUAAAUGUCUCUCGCACUGCACGUUGUCAAGUGAACGUUGAAUGUCAAGGUUCGCCCGAUUAUAAAUUAUUUUAAGGUCAGAAUGAAAUCGAAUUGGUGAUUAGGAAAGCAAAGUUUUGAAUUUAUCAUGGUGGAAAGCAGAGAGAAAAAGCUUCGCUCACUAGUAAACAUAUAAGCAAAACGCUCAGGUCACGCACAUUUUAGGUUAAUGCGCUAUCGUUUGUCACGCAAUCCUUUUGGAUGACUGUUGUCACGCUUGUCCUCCUUUCUUUCUCAUACAGUAAAUCACUCCCACGGCUGGAUGUGUCUUUUUUGUUAUUUGUGAAUGUACAGAGCUUCAUAAGAGUCUUUGGUAAAUUCAUGGAAUUUUGGGAACUAAAAAAUAAAAUGACGUGUAGGAAGGAGGGAAGGGGUUACAUCCUAAUCAGUUAAAUUAUGACGCAGAUGUGCUGUAAUCCCUAAACUAUGAUUAGAUCGAGUGCUUUUAGUCAAUUUAGUCGAGUAUCUAUAUUUCCAAUAAAUGAACGGUGGUCACCCAAUUAUUUGCUUGAAACUAUCUUCAAUCCUGGUUAUAAUUGUUGAAACAUUUCUCCUUCCUCUUUCAAAGACGAUUAAAGAAAAAUUUGACCGCCCAGAGAAAGCUCGUCAUUUAGAGAGGAGCCGGGUGACUAAGCAAGGUGACUAAGCAAGGUGCUCAUUUUUUCUCCUUUUCAGCUUCAAAGGCCUUGUAGUUCUAUACCCUCCGGGUGUAGUAUACAAAUUUGAUUGGAAUCCAUGUACGAAGUUUAGUGCAGGAGUUGGAUGCUCAAAUGUGUUUGUGAGUACAUUUGAGAAUAUGAGAAGAUAGUAAGGGAUCGGUCAAUAUUUAUCCCUGGCGGGGGGGGGGGGGGGGGGGAGGGGGUAAGGGGAUCAGACGAUUUUGAUUGUGUCGUAAUAAAAUUUUCCUGAUUCCUCCAAUAACAAGAAAUUAUAUAUUUUUUGCCCUCCCCCCCUCCCCCAUUGGUGGUUAAUUUGUAAUCAAAUUAUUAUAGUUUCUCGUUAUAUUCUAUUGAUGACGACUGAUCCCCUCGAAAACCAUGUGAUCUUACUGAAAUCUUCAAAGCUAUGAAUGAUGAUUGGUUCCUAAAUCAAUCAAUCAAUCAAUCAACUCAUAACCCACCCAUCCCUGCUCUCCUUCCUUUCUACCAUCCGUCGCUUCCCUGGUACAAAUUAUUUUCCCCAGCCUUCCCCUGCUGUUAAAAUAUAAAAGAUGGCAGCUCUAAUUUUCAAUAAGGAGGUGGUAAACAAUCGCUUGCUUAAACCACGCUUGCUCUGUAGGCUAGUGUGGCAUAAAUAUUCUUGUCACUAAGCGUUACGACGGCGGUAGCUUAUUUUCACACAGUAAAUAAGGAAUGAUCGUGAAUAAAAUCCCUGGCAGGAAAAGGUCAACAAACGAACCGAGGUUCGCACAUUUAUUUCAUUACACUGCAAAUCGUGUAUAAGCUCGCAAUCGUUUAUCCGGAGUUAGAGUUAGAGUGGACGGCUUUGGAGGGAGUUGAAAAGACGAUUUCUAUUACCGCAAGGUGGCAAGGUGUUCCUCGAAUCGCACUGCGCAAGUCAGCUUGAAUCAGAGUUAUUAACUUCAUCGCGACCAGUUAUCAGGAUUUUAUUAAAUGACAGCAACAGAUUUAUCUUUGCUGUCCCCAGUUCCCUCAGUCUGAAUGGAGUUUAGUAAGGAGUGUAGAAAUGAGAGUCAAAAAAAAUUUGACAAAUUAAAGUUUUUCUAGCUGAAUUAUAGGUGUUCAAGGCAGAGAAGGUUUUUGUUUUAUUUUCUGCUUCAAUUUCGUUUUACUUAAAAGGAAGUACAUAAGUUCAGAAUCAAACGAUUUUCACUCUACAAUACAUUAUAUAAAUUACUCUCAAUAGUUUGUGGCAUCGUUUACAAUGGUCCCAUAACAACCAUAAAACAAUCAUGUAACUUUCAGAGAAAAAUUGAACACCGCACACAGAAGCUAACAGUACUGAAAAUACUUACAGUGCCCAAACUUGCAGUAUUUACAAUAUUUAACUGCUUGAUAACUACUGGCGCCAGUAGUAACAAGUAAUGAUAACAAAUACUCACAGUACUGAGUGGUAAUGAUGAAAAUAUUACACAACUUUUAAAACUUAUUCUGGAUACUUAAUUUAUGAUUAAUUAAUUUAAGCCGACAAGUAUAACACUUAAAAAUAGUACCAAACAAUCGAAAUAAAAUACCGCAUAAGGACAUUCAAAUAUAGAAUCUUCGCUGAUACACUUCUAAUUUCGAAAGGAAAGUAUAGUAAAGCUUUGGAAAGGCAGGGGGAAAACGGAAAAUAACGGCCUGGAAAGGAUAUACAAGCUUAAGUUAAAAGCAUAAUUUUUUAUUAAAAUUAUUAAGUUACAAACUAUAAAAGAAAAAAAUGUAUCAAUCCUUUGUUAUAAAUGCUUUAUCCUAAAAAAAAAAAAGAGAAAAACAGAAAAAAACCUUUCACUUGCUAUUAUUUGCCGCUUCCUUAACAGGGUGUUUUAGAGCCAAUACAAACAAAUCGGAAACUAACAUUGUGAUUAGAGGAAGUGGUUAAAAAUCCCAACCGGCCAGAGGCAAACCACUUGGCUUUAUUCAAAGCGCAAGCAAGGAGUUGAACUCGGGGCAACCGAUAACAAAUGCAGUUGUACCUUGGACCAUCAGAUUACAAGUUUAUCACAAUAACUAUUCGGCAACACAGACUCCUCGUUUCUCAGCUAUGAAAAUGUAAAUGUAUAGCCAGUUAAGUUAACCGUUCUCAUUUCAACCUUAGCCGAUUAAAGCAAUGCAAAAUGCGAUGAGACAAUAACGUCAAAAUCAAACUUUAUUCUUGGUUGGAUCUCAAUGAUUUAUGUGAGAUGUUCCUGAGAAAUCCUGGAUCCGUAGAGCGUAGAUUACGGGAUUCAAAAGCGAGUUGGCCACAUAUGUUAUAGUACAAACAUAUCAAUAUAAAAAUUCUCUCUCUCUUUUAGUACAUUCCCUCGAGUGGAAACGGAUUUACUAGACCAGUCAUAAGUUUGCUAAAUUCGCACGGUCUGGGCCAUUUUCCGCUCUGCAAGGGCUCCUCGAGCGCGAGUGAACAAGCAAUCACUGCUACCCACUUUGUACAUCGUCCUUUGGACUCGGGCGAUCACCGAUCGGCCUUGAGGUGUCUUUAAAAUUUGGCCUUAAUGUUCACAUAGAAUAGAUGGCUAAUUAUUAAUAACUGUUAACUAUUAGGCAUUAUAAAAUAAUUCAAAUAGUACGCUCGCUCUGAUUGGCCAUAAAACCAUUUUACAUGAGCGUAUGUAAACACGGUUUUCGUUCCUCUUUCAUUAGUUAUUUUACUAUUUUACUCGAUAAGCUGGAAACCACUCCGCUUCGCGUCGUGGUUUCGUGGUUUCCUACGCUUAUCUCGUGUUCUCCCAACCUCCCGCGUGUUUACAUCAGGCUAUGUAAACACGGAAACCAUUUUACAUUUCUUCAGUAUUGUAUUAAAUAUGAUUAACUCUCUAAUCAAAUCUUCUUUUCUAGAUGUGUGAAACAACGUCCUCUAGCCCAUAUGCCAACUCUGUAAACAAAUUUACAAUUGAAAGUGAUGGAACAACCAACAUAGUUUAUAACAAAAUUGGAGGGGGUGACCACGAAAGGUAUGCUUAUUUCAAUAUUAUCUUAUAGCGAGAAUUUCGAAAAAUAAGCUAGUAUUUCGAAAGCCUCAGGUUUUCGUGGUUUCGUUACAAUUGUUUGUACCUUCAGAAAUCUUUUACAUUCUAGGGAGGUUACUAUCAAUCUUAAGUGUGACAAAAACAAAUACCCGGGGAAAUGGAUGGCAUCUCCAUAAGAGGAACAACUGCAGUAAGUUCUAUUGUCUCCUUAUAUGAGAUUCGAUGAUAAGAACUCGUCUUUAGAUGUUCGACGUCUUUUCUUUCUUCUUUGUGUCGUUCUUUUUUCUGAUAUUCGCUCUUUGUAUUUCUUUUGUUCUUUACUUUUAUUUAUUCCUAUUCCUUUUUCCGUGGUUCUCUCAAGAAACAAUUCAACGUAUGCAUGCUUACAGUGGCAAUGUCACCAUUUUCAGUUGCUGUGUGAGUGAGUAUAUAUAUAUAUAGUAGAAUGUAUUUCUUAUCACUUUACCCAUUCUACAGGAGAGAAUGUCAAAGAAGCCGAAACGUUUAUCUGGCCUCAGUUUGUGUUAGGUUGCUUUUCGAUUGAGGGCAGUCAAAUUAUUACGAAGUGUAAUGAAUAGAGAAUAAUACAUGGGCGCGCGUAGAUAUGGAAUUUAUCUCUGAGUGUUUAAUUCGAUAGCUCACGAGUGAACGCAGCGAACGAGUGAGAUGUCGAGUUGAACUCGAGAAGGGAAACUUCAUAUCUACAAGCAACCAUGUAUUAUUUUGUUUAUUAUAUGAACACAACAGCCCUUUACUGACAAGAAUUCAACUUUAUUAACGAAUGAAAAUAAAAGGAUUGACAAUUCCCGAAUAAAAAUCGUUCAGUACGUUGGCGCUAAGGCUCAAGCUGAAAAAAGCGGUGCAACGCUACAAAAACAAACAGUGGGCGUAAUUUUCAAUAUACAAAAUUCUCAGCUAUUGACUUGGUCCUUACCGAUAGAAGAAAUCUUUCGGGUACACGGCCAAAAUCGUCUAGAGGCAAAUCUUUCAGCUGUCGAUUUUCGUUCUCAGCCGAGAGAAAUGCCACUACCGAAGCCAUUGAAUAACGUAUCUUUCGGUUUUUCUUUCCGUAUUUUGGUUUUCUUCCUCUACUAGAAGAGUUUGAACGUCACUGUCUGUAAGCGAUACUGAUUUUUCAGUGUUUUGGCAGCCAUAAUCCACAAAAAUUUUCGACAAACGAUCUUGGAUUGAGAAUAGUGAAAGCUUCGCCGUUCAUCCCUCAAUCUGACCGAAUGGCGCGAAAGGCGAGUGACGUGUCAGCAGCUAAUUGGCGAUAUCAAGUACUCGCGAAAAAAUACGAUAUUUUUUUACGUGUGUUGUUAAAUCCAUAGUUUAUAGGAUAAUCACCACGCCCAUUGGGUACAUAAGAGAAACACCACAAGGAACCAGUGAGAAGUCAAAGGGGGGUUGGUUUUAGUUUUGCAUCUGUUCCCUGAGGAAGAUGAGAGGAAUGUUUUCAGUCCAGUCAAAGAGCAUUAAGAGACAAAACCAAUGUAAUCCUGAACAACUUUUAACAUUUGAUUGGAAAUUGUUCUAUGGCUUAUUCGGUUGAAUAUCGCACCUUUUUAGUCAAUCACGUAUUUAAGGGCUAAAGUGCAGUUUAAGGAACAAAUACUGGGUCAAGAAAAUUUUGCCAGUUGCUCAAAUUUGUCCUUUCAUGCAUUGUAAGAUUGUGCAAAGCAAAAUUGAUUGACGAGUAUUUAUGAUAACGCACUGCGCGCAGAGGCAUAAUUGUAAAAUAUUUACCUGCGUUCAGUUGUUCAAAGGGCGGAUGACGCUCUCCGACGCAUAACUAACCAGCAGAGAAUAGGUAACAAAACGUACUGCACUAUCCGCUGGAUAGGGAUUUAAUCAGCGUAUAGCGCUAUCCACCCUUCGAACAAACUGGAGCUGAUUGUUUUGUUUAACUUCCUUUCAAUCUAUCCUUAUCGUGUUUCUUUUAUUCGCAAUCCUUUUUUGGAAAUAAGAAAAUGAAUUACGAUACAACAAGCUUGAAGUAAGUCGAUUCCGAUUUUUUUAUUGCCCAUUUUUUUUUCUUUCUUUGUCUUUUCUUUAUUUUUUUUGCUUGCAUCGCCUUUUAUCCUGCAACUGCCUGCCUUCUUUUCUUUUUUUUUCUUCUUUUGAUUGUUUGAUUAAGAAAAGUCAAAGGGAAAUCUUAUUUAGCUGUAUUUCCAUUCAUAGUCUGCACGCCUAACGUCCAAGUGCGCUUGUGAAGAUAGCUGCCCUCAUCCUGAUUUUAGUAUAAAAAACGGGCUCAGCAUUGGAAGCAUCUUGUUGAUAGUGUAAGUACAUACUAUUGUUGAUCCUAUGACUGUAGCUUCGAUUCCAUUUAUGGAAGUUCAGUUCGUACCUGGUGGUGUCCGACGCUCCAUUGCAGUCGCGCUAAUUUUACGCACAAACUGAUCUCAAUGUGUGUAAACCUAUAAAUCAUUAAUCGUUGAGCAGGGGUGUCUGCAUAUGACUUCAAGAUCUGUUUGCUAUGUUGAAGUAUGCUCCACUAAUUGGCAUUGCUAUGGUGAAAAUAAUAUUAAUAGCAAUAGAAAUCUACCUUGCUGACGAACUCAGUUAUGAAUGUCUAGUCGCCAUCAGGUGAUGUACGCGUACUAAUCAAGGAGGUUAUCGUGAAUUAUAUAACCCUCAAAUGGAGAUAUCGUGGGCUGUGGUUAAAAAACCAGUACUCAAAGGGAUCCCAAUGAUUAUUUUGAGGGAGGUUGUGGAUGUGUAGGCUUGAAAUUCCCAGAGAGGUGAAUUUGAAGUUUAUACUGUCAUGAAGUAUUAACAUAGUUUAUAAUUAUAGUUAAUAAUUUAGUUUGUCAUUUCACUAUGAUUUAAUCUUUCGUUUAUAUUAAGAUUGUAUUUAAUGUAUGAAUUAGAUUUCCGAAGUUGUACGGGUUUUGAGCUGUCGUGAUGAGUUUCCGAAUUGUAACAACCUUGGCUAACUUCCUUAAGUGGAUGUGCUUAGUUUGUUUACUGACUUAGCUUCUGACCCACACGAAAGUUCAUGUUUUGGCUGAACGCAGGCAGAGGUUAGGAAGUACUUUGUUGUUCAUUACGAAAGUUGUUUGGUUUAGUGUUUUAACAGGAAAUGUUUAAUCUCCCAAGGUCAGCCAGCGGGCAUGACCACCCAUAUCUAUCAGUAGUGAAUAUAUAAGCAUGGUGUUGUUUGGAGCUAACUUAGGAGAGAGGAGAGAAGAGAAAGAGAGCAUACUAAAAGAAUGUAGACAGUGUGCAGAAGAGUAGCGUCAGAAUUCUGUAGCUGAAGAAGAAGUCUUCAGUGAGAAUCAGUGUGAGAGCUUAAGAGAUUCACCAGAGUUACACAGAAUGAAAUAAGCUUAUAUGGUAGUAGAUUUGUAUACUGGAGAACCGAGUAAUGAAAGAAAAAAGUGAAAAAGACAGUUUGAGAGUCUUGAUGCCUUUUGCCGAAUGCUAGUUCCCGCCCGAAAUUUAAUAGUCUUAACAAUACAAGAAAGCUCUACAUCCUGCAAAUUUUUUUAUCUUCAUCUGUUAUAGGUUUUUUCCAUUACUUCUACUGUAUUUCAUGGCUGGUUUAUUAUAUAAUAAAUUCCACAAGGGUGUUAACAGCUUUCCUGAAAUGAUCCCCAACCAUUCUUUUUGGGGCGAAUUUCCAGUGUUAGUUAAGGUGAGUCUGUGAUAUGGUCAUUAAAAUGGUUACGGUACGGAUGUCUGAUUUUCUUAAAGUUCAUGUUUGUUUGAUUGUUUUUAUUUUUGAUGUACUCUCUGGAAAGGACAUUUUAAAUUUUUUAUUUUGUAUUUGUCAAGAGAUAAGGAAAGAGAAAGGAACCAAGGUAUUUCUUCUUUGUUUGCUUUUACAGGAUGGCUGUGUUUUCACUUUUCGAGGAAUAGCUGGCUUUUGUCAACGUUUGUUCUUGAAAGCUAAAGGGGACUCCUAUGCUGAAAUUUAAGAAUAUCGUUUCUCACGUCUUUUUUUAAAAUAACUACAUAAUGAAAAAAUUAUCGAUAAAUGGUAAAAGAAAUGACAUAUUGGUUAUAAAAGUUAAAGUAAGAUUCUAAUGAAUGGCGAAACAAAAGGCUAGUUUCUGAAAUAGUACGUGAUCUUUAUUAAGUAUUUCGUAAGGAAAAACUUCUAAUAUUUUUUUAAUAAAUGAUAUACUGAAGUACAAUGGUGUGGUAUAUGGUAGCGAUUAAUCAACUUCUCUGUCUGCAAGUGUUCAUUUAUUUCACAGCAUUGUGCUCUCUUGGGCACAGAGCAAAAUUCUUUCCACUUUAAGAAGACUGGAAUAUUCGUAAUGGAACAAGGAUGGCAAAUGAUGGAGAAGAUUAGCAA